GGCCGUGGGCUCAGCGCCGGGCCGUGCCCGACCUCACCCGCCCCCGCGGGUGGGGGCGCGCACCCGGCCCCCAUGAAGCUGCGAGACGCCCCGUCCGCAUGCCCGUCGCUGUGGCGCUGCCUGCCGUGCCCGCCGGCCGAGCUGCGCCUGGACCUGGUGCUGUCCUCGGGGCAGAGCUUCCGGUGGUGGGAGAGCAGCCCAGGGGCCUGGACGGGCGUGCUGGGGGGGCGCGUCUGGACACUGCGGCAGGACCGGGACCGGCUCUGGUACACGGUGUACGGCGAAGAGGAUGAGCAGAAGGAGGAACGGGAUGGGUGCCCUGCCAAAGCAGCCAAACUGGAUGGUGCAGAGACAGACCGGAUCCUGCGUGACUACUUCCAGCUGGACGUGGGUCUGUCGGCCCUGUAUCGCGAGUGGGAGGCGGCCGACCCCCUCUUCCGCAAGGUGGCCAAGGACUUCCCAGGGGUGCGGGUACUGCGGCAGGACCCCAUCGAGUGCCUCUUCUCCUUCAUCUGCACCUCCAACAACCACAUCUCCCGAAUCACUGCCAUGAUUGAACGCCUCUGUCAGGCCUUCGGCCGCCGCCUCUGCUGUAUCGACGCCCGGCCGUUCCACGCCUUCCCGUCCCUCUCGGCGCUCACAGGCGCUGAUGCUGAGGCCCGGCUGCGGGCACUGGGCUUUGGGUACCGGGCCAAGUUUGUCAGUGGAAGUGCGCGGGCCAUCACCGAGGGGCUCGGCGCUGAAGGACUGUGCCAGCUCCGCACUGUGCCCUACGCCGAGGCUAGGAAGGUGCUGUGUGCCCUGCCUGGUGUAGGUGCUAAGGUGGCUGACUGCGUCUGCCUGUUGUCCCUGGACAAGGCCGAGGCAGUGCCAGUGGACACCCAUGUCUGGCACAUCGCACGGCAGCGCUACGGUGUGGCAGUAGGCGGCAAGAGCCUGACCCCCCGGGCCUACCAGGAGAUUGGUGACUUCUUUCGGGGGCUGUGGGGCCCCCGCGCCGGCUGGGCACAAGCAGUACUGUUCUGUGCUGACCUCCGCAAGGGCCAGGAGCCAGCCAGCAGCCGGGAUCAGGCCUGGGAGAGCCGAAACCAGGACUGCCAUGGGGAUGGACCCCCCUAGGGACACCCAAGGAGGAACAGUGGCUUGAGUGGGACACUGCACCUGCUGCCAGCCUGGGAUGGAAGGCGGUGGGCUGUGCCUGUCCCCUGCCCAGUGUGUGUGGAGGGAGCUGCUGCUCUGGGCAGUGAGGCUGGGGGGAAUCAGGGCUGUGUCCAGCUCCCCCAGGGCAGAGCUAAGCCAAGCACCUUUGGCCUCUUGCCUUUAUUACAAGCAAUAAAAUAGAAACAUCCAUUUGGAAAA